AUGGAACCCUCUGAUUCUGCCGCCGGUUUUGUCGUGGAUUCUGGAAACCAUCUCCGACAAAAUGUCCACGCCGAUCGCCUUGACUUUGUCGUCGUCGUUCUGGAUAUCCUCCGAGAACCGGCCCAGAACAGAAUCUGGGAUCGACGCAUGACUCAGCUUGGAAGCUCUUUGGAAAAUGUUGUACCCGUUGAUCGGCAUCAGCCCUGGAAUGAUCAAGAUAUCUUUAUUUUUGAUCUGGUCAUGUGA